AUGAGCAGGCUAUUCAUUCUAGGAUCUACAGGUUUAGUUGGUGGUUUUGCCAUUGAAGCUGCCCUUAAGUCCACUCAGUGGAGCACAAUAACCACUCUUACCAGAAGCAAGCCCAAAUUUGCCAACGAUUCCAAAAUUGAUGCGAUUGUUGACCCAGAAACUGACAAGUGGCCCAGUAUCAUCGGAGAUGUUGAGCCAACGCCGUUUGCUUACAUUUCGGCAUUUGGUACCACUAAAGCAGCGGCUGGAUCUGAUGAAAAUUUCAAAAAGAUUGAUUAUGGUGUAAAUUUGGAUGCAGCAAAAGCAGCCAAAGAUGCUGGAGUUAAGGUGUGUGUUUUGGUGUCUGCCACUGGAGCUAGUACAAAGUCGCCAUUUUUCUAUUUCAGAACUAAAGGGGAACUAGAAGAAGCUAUAAUUGCAUUAAAUUUCGAUUACACAAUCAUCCUAAGACCAGGUAUGUUGAUAGGUAAAAGAAAUGGCAAAUCAGAUUGGGCACAUAAAUUGGCUAAGUUUACACACAAUCCUUUGCUUUCACCUUUGUUUAGAUCAAUUCAUGCUAGUGAUGUGGGUCAAAUUGCCGUCUUUUUUGCUGAUCGUGUGAAAAAUGGCGAUUUCAACGAAAAGGUUAAGAUUGUUGAUGGUGGUGAAUUGUUGGAUCUAGUGGCAAGCGAAAAGGUAAAGUAA